AUGGAUCACGUAGUGACUCCUGCCCGGAUCAGCAAGCAAUUCGAGAACGCACUAGCUGGGCGAGUGGAGGAAUGGUUACACAAUCCGGGGGACGUGAGCCCGAUGCCGAUUCGGUUGUCACUAAAGCAGAAUGUGUUGUAUCAGUUGGUUCACCUGAAGAUCGGAUGGCGAAGCACAAUACCGGAGGACACCCCGGUUGUUAUAUUCGGAGUAACAAGAACAAGAUCUGUAAGCUGUUAUUAUCAGUCGGAUGUGAACAGCACUAAGACGGUGAUUGGCACAAGUGGCAAUGAGUUCCUGCUAAUCCAAGGGGAAGACGGAUAUACGUUUGAACUAAUUAGACCCAUGGGUCGGUUGACUGAUACGGGUAUAUAUCAUUGCAUAAGCGAUUCGUGCUCGUGGUGCAAUCCCCAACGUGAGUUGAUAGUACUGCCACUACGAACAGAGGUGCACAUCCUCAUGAAUGUAUUGCAACCCUUGAUGACAGCCGUACCCACGGAAUCGUACAGCUUCCUCGAUGAGGAGGGUCAUCCAUACACGUACCCCGGGCAGUCAUUCUAUGUACGCUGUACGUCUCGGACGGACAGGCGAGUCAAUAUUCCACCGCGAAUGUGCUUCCAUUCUGUCGGACCCGUUCUGACCACAGAGUUCGUUGGGAAUCACACUGCCUCUCCCGAGAAACUGCAGUCACUUUCCGAUGCAGUGUAUGUGACACAUAGCCUACUAUACCGAAUAACAAUCGCUUCUGACAUCCUGCCAAUGGAACAUGUCCAAACCACGUGUAUAUUCAGUCAUCCGCAAAAUAUGCCGAUUUAUGAUUUAAACGAGGAGGUGCUUCACAAACAGUACAAUCGCACCAGGUAUGUGCAGCUACGAGCUCUCCAAAAACCACGGAUUUUGGAUAACAUGGUAGCCACAGAUUACGCCCACUUGACUCGACUUCUUAUCAGUCCAGAUGCAUCUGCCAUGAACGCACUUAUAUUUAGCAUGGGAGACAAUCAAGCACGCGUGGAAGAAGGCAUUGUAGGAAUCAAUUACACGGUCAUGCUUGGUCAACCAAUGGGAUGGAGCGGUGUGUACACAGUGCAUCAGCACACGGAUGGUUUAGUAACUGAAGCAUGUGACCAAAUCGGUGGGUUUGAAGUGGGUGACGAAAAUGAGACGAGGAAAGCGAGCAACGGGUUCGAUGCCCGAUUUGACAAAACUUCAAUUACGCAAUCCAACAUCUACGCCUUCCAAUUUCGAUGUUUCCUGCAACUACGAACCGUAAGCGUUGUCCUCUUCGCGAUGCACUCUACGCUAAAUUCAUACGAUAGUAAGAUAAGCACACUGGAAUUUCUCAACUCUGUCAAGAUGAUGCUUGAUGAUUCCAUCAGGGGGACUGCCAGAAGUUCACCAAAGACCGUCGCAUUCCCGUCAUACACAGAUGGGUCUUAUCGAUUGGCACGUACAUACGUUGGAUGGCAUGCCACAAUUGAGGUUGGAACUGUCAUACAAAUGCUCGGCCGGCUGGCCAAAGAUGGAAGAGGUGAUCCGGUUUGCUUCUACUCAUCUGACAAAAGCAACUGGAAUCCCACGAAUAUCAGCGCGGUAUUCCAACUACGAAUUCUCAAAUCCAUGAAAUACUUUAUACUGCAUAAACCGACGGCGCAAUUAAAUGAUUCGGGCUGGUACCGCUGCAAACUGGACGAUUGUCCCGACUGUGCCACUUAUCUGGGAAUGUUUGAGAGACAGCUGGUUGUCAUACCGGACCGCUCCAUUUUACAAAUGCGUCUCCAACUAACCGACGAAUUGAGUCGUCUUGCUCAGACUUGUGGGCUCGGUGACACACUAGUCCUACAGCCUCAGACUGAGUAUCUCCUGAGUUGCACACACUCGGUUCCGGCGGGAUUCCCACAGCCGUUGGUUGCCUCUGCCGGUUUGCAUUUCAUAGAUGAUGACAGAUGGGUGGAACUUAAAGACAGAGACACUAAGUUAACGCAUAUGAUGGAUGGACGCACUAUUCAACUCAACCGAACAAUGUAUUUUACUCUACCGACUUCGACAUCGGACAGUUUAUACACAGUGGAGUUGGUGUGCGUAGUGCAAUUCGAUGAGUUCAGUGUGCAAUACGACAUGAGAGCGCGUCAACCUGGUAGAACCCUGACCGAGAAUGUGACUGCGAUGGUCACUCAUAGACGACUACCCGAAUUUCAUCCCAGCUCAAUAGAGACGGAUGAGCCAUCUAUGACUGAGGCUCUGCAAAGUGCUUCGGCUGGUAGACUGGACCGGAAGUCGUUAGUAUCGAACCUGAGUAGGGCGGUUGUUUGGGAGGGACCAGUAGAUGUGGCAUUUCGGGCAUACACAGGUUCGCCUCCUGGUUGGACAUUUGUCAGAGUCAUCAGCAAGUGGAAUCACACAUUAUGGGCGGAGAGUUGUUUGAUCUUAAAAGUCAAAGCAAAUGUAGAUCACACGGAGCAGGAGGUGAGAGUGAGGUGCAUAAUGCGACCGGAACAUGUGGCCCUAGUGCUCAUAGCGGCGCACGUGCCUGGGACACGCUGGAACCGAAGUGUGGUCGAGGCACAUGCAACGCAGGUUUUACUGACAAACCUGUCCGACUGGAUGGGUCUGCAACGCGGAUCGUCAGGAAACGACCAGUGGUCGACGUGCUAUAAUGCGGCUUACCGGAUAACCACAGUGCAAGUUCAGUGGAACGCAACUGUGCUAGUGGGCCAUGAAGUUGUGAUGUACGGGCAUCUCGGCAAUCGUCGUGAGGAUCAGCUGAAUUGCAGGCAAAACGGGAAACCACUUCAACACCAUAAUCGCACAAUGCUGAGGCUUAAUCCCGUGAGUGAUUAUUUCACCUUGACCAUUACCGACGCAACGUAUUCCGAUACUGGGAUGUACGAGUGUAGACCAGUGGACAUGUUGGCCUCUCGGAACGACUUGUGGGGUCUGGGACCACGUUUAUUGCAGGUAAUGCCUGACUCUUCUACGGCGGCCAACUGUUCGCUCACUGCUGAUGCCGUGGGGAAGGAAAUGCUCAGAAACGGUGGUUCGGACACCAAUGGGUUGAACUACUUGCUGGCUGGCGAAUAUGGAUAUGUGAGGUGUAUGUUUGAAAAGACGUUCACUGAGUUUUAUCGGCCGGUAUACACACUGGAACAUCGCAUGCUCGAUGUAAGCACAGGGCGCUCAGAGCCGGUGGAAGUAACGCAAAUUGUGGUUCAUCCUUUACAUAUUAAUGGCAUGUUUACCGUGCAGGUGUAUAAAAUCGAGGGCCUCAAAUCCAAAUUGUACAGAGGUCCGCUGACUGCCAGUUGCAAAGCAAGGGUCGAAUUUGAACUCCCGGACCAAGGGUCACCCAUCACGCAUAUUGUAUCUUGUCAAAUGACGUAUGCUGUUCUGGAGGCGGCGAAUGGCGAACUGCUCAUUGAGACGUUAUCCAAAGAUUAUGAUUCACAACCAGUGCCACUCGGCACGGAGUUCAAAUGUGUGGGUGGCUAUGGAUCUCCUCCACUGGGACACGGUUGGACUUUGAGCGAUAACGACUGGUUCGAUGUUUUCUCAUCCACAUUAAUCCGCGACAAUUUGUCCGCAACUCAUCAUGGCCAGUGGGUUGGACCAAAACAUACGUUCACAGAUCAACCGGUGAAUGGGCUGGUCAUCAAGGGAGACAGACUGAUCAUUCCAACUGACGACCGUUAUAGGGGAAUGAGUUAUGCAUACACUUGUUGGGGCAACAACUCCUUCGGAAACAAGGUCUGGAGUAUACGAAAAACCAUUCACUUCACUGUGAUGAUUUGUCCCAUGCGUUUUGUGCCCUUGGACCUCACCGUUCUCCUGAGUUCCCGAUUACUAUCUCGAUGCACACUUGAAGGGAAUCCGGAUAGGGAGAUACAGUUCUAUGGGCACUUUUACCUACGCUUGAUUCAGCAAUUGAUAAUGGGCUUGCCACACGGACCCACACAAACACGGUUUCACUUCAUCCGCGACGACAUUUUCAGUCACAAUGCUUCAGACAGCUUUGCAUUCACCGCGUUUACGCAGCAGCUCAGUCGAGAGCAGUUGCUUCGAGCGGUCAACCCGAAUGGAACUAAACCAAAAACCGACCCUGUCGGUUGCGGUGCUUUACCGAUCAUCGUGGAUUCGGUAAUCAGACACCUUGUUGCGCUGCACCAUUUUCCACUGCCUGGUCGCGAAUACGUCCUCUUGUUACCGUUUGACGAUUUCACUGACACCCGUAUCACAAACGAGACGAAGUCGUUGCUCUCCGUCCUACUGCAAAGUAACCUGUCUACCGUGUUAGCCAGCACGGUUGGACAGGGGGUGCAUGGGAGUGCAAUUAUCCACACAUUGGAGGAACUGUUUUCCACCACACGAACCAUUAACCUUUUACCCAACUUCAGUGGAGACACUCACUGCUUGAAGUGUCAUCCACGAUUGGAGGCAGAAACACUUCGUAUUGCACGCGAUGAGUUAUUCAACACAAUAUGCGAGGCAACUGGCAUCACCCGACCGGAUUCCUGUCCCGCACCUACUUUGCGCUUCGCCAUUCCAACACGUCACUGGUACUCCGGACUACAAUUGGGAGUUACAUGUACUGCCGAUCUGAGUCGACCGUUUCGUGGGCAAACAGCUACAGGUGUGGCGAUCUGUUUGACCAACGGAACCAUGUUGAAGGAGUUGGAGCAAAGUACUCCCAACGUGCAGCAGCUGAUGAAGGCGUGCAUACAAGAGCUAGCGAAUGAUGUCACAAGAUCAAUUAGUGCACCAAACGAAUUUUCAGUGAGUGCUCAGCUAAAACUGCAGAACAGGGACGAUGAGAGUUCGCAUCUCAUGUGUUACCAGCGACAAGGCGAUACGGAUCCGCAGGUGAGUUUGACCAGUUUUCUCUAUUAUACGCAUCCUCCUUGAGCAGCUCCACCCAUAGUCUAUUGGGUAUCAGUAUACAUGCGUCAUUAAGAACCAACGCGCCUUCAUCACUUACAGCCACUGAUAAGUUUAGCGUGAAUGUGUCCUCUAAAAAUUCCGAGGACUACGUAGAUUCAUGUCUAUGUGUGUUUUGUUUGCAUAAAGUAUUUCAUUUAGCUAAGUAGGGGAAGUGGGUUGACUUAC